GCUUUAUUAUUUUUGCCCAGUAUUUUGUUUUUAAAAUUUUUACUGGCUUAGAUUGAACAUAAUGAAUCCAGUAGAAAAUGGGGAAUGACAUCAUCUCUUCGAAGACAUUUGGGACGCAAGCGAAAUCCUCAUAGAAGUACUCAUGAUGCUGGCACUGUUUCUGAUGGUGAAAUAGCUAGUGGUAAAGUUUCAACUUCAAGUAGUUUGAUGGCUUUAGAUCGUUUAAGUGAUACUUCCCAUCGUAGUAGUUGCGCUUCUGAGCGUCCUAUUGACGUUGGUAGAGUUGGGAGUUGGGCAGCUGGAUUUAAUUUUCUACUUGAAGAUCCUGCAGGAUUGCACACUUUUAGUGAAUUUUUAAAAAAAGAAUUCAGUCAAGAAAAUAUAACUUUCUGGAUAGCUUGCGAAAGAUAUCGUCAGUUAAAAGAUGAAUUACUGAUGUCUGAGAUGGCCGAAGAUAUAUACAACAAGCAUUUAUGUAUAGGAGCUCAAGAGCCUGUUAAUGUAGAUAGUCAUGCUCGGCAAGUUGCACAAGAAAAUUUAAAGGCACCUACUCCUGAUUUAUUUUUACCAGCUCAAAAACAAAUUUUCAAUUUGAUGAAGUUUGAUUGUUAUCAAAGAUUUUUGAAGUCUACUAUGUUUAAAGAAUGUAUGUUAAGAGAGAUGCAAGGACAACCUUUACUCUAUCAAGGGCAGUUUUGUGAUGACUUUGUGUUCUCAAAUGAGAAGCAAAAGUCAGGAUUAAAAAAGAGAAAGUCUUUGAUUCCAUGGCAUAAAUUGAGCAAAACCAAGUCAAAUGAAUCUAAAUCAAAUGGAAGCAGACUAUGGGAUAGACAUAGUGAAAUCGGAAAAUCUUUGAAAAAGAAGAAAAAAGAAAAGAAUUCCCAGAAAAUAGAUUAUUCAAGUUCUACUCAAUCAGAUAUAACUGAUAGAUCCUCUGUGACUAGUAGUGAACCAGGAGUUGGCUUGAUGUAUAAAAAUGUAUCAUCUAGAGAGUCAUUUAAUUCUGCUGAACUGGCUCUAUUCCCAAGUCAUUGCACAACUGAUAGCCAUUACUGCAGAGUUAUCCUUCCUGAUUUAUCAACCACUGUAGUUAGAACACAAUCAGGUGAAACCGUAGGUGAAAUGCUGUUGAAGCUCUUAGAAAGGAAAAGCCUGACUUAUAAUGCUGUUAAGGCAUACAGUGUAGCCUCUCAUCAGCCAUUAGAUCACCGCACAAAUGUGACAUCAUUGAGUUGUAGGGAAAUAAGAGUGGAACAAGUGGUUUUAUUCUGUGUAGAAUUGCCCAAUAAGAAAACUAUAGGAGUAAAAGCAAAAAAUAACAAAAUAUGUGGUGAUAUUCUGAAACCAGUAUUAAAUAAGUAUGGAUAUAAAAUUGAUCAAGUCAAAAUGACAGUGGCUUCCUUGCAAAAACCAGUAGUAAUUAGUGCACCUAUUACUACAAUUGAUAAUCAAAGAAUAACUAUUGAGAUGAAAGAAACAUUUUGCAUUGUCUGUGAUCCAUUUGUUGUUAGCAAAGAGAAGUCAGCACAUCCCUUUCCGGACUUAGAAGAAUUAACGAACCAAAUUUUUGAUGACUUGCUAAAAACAAGGCCAGAUUUUCAAUAUGAUGACUUAGGGUCUAUUGACCAAGAAAAAUCAAAAGAAAAUGAUAAAAGCACUUACAAGUCUUCAAACUUGUUUUCUCAUACUACCCAUCAAGAUAUUGAUUCUUCUCAAUGUUCCAGUAAAAUUAAACCACUGAAGUUACCCAAUGAGAACAAACCUCUCUUGCCUCACAAUCCAUCCAUAAUAAAAAAUAUUAAAGAGGAAGAUUUGGCUGCAAAUUCUAAUUUGGAUGUAGUUUCAAUGUACCUUUCUCAUGGAAAAGAGAAUUGCCCAUUAUUAAACAAAAAGAGACCUUUUAAUGGUUCAGCUACUGUCUUUCCAAGUUCAGAUAAUGAUCAAGAAACUCAAUUUCUUGAAAACUGUUGGCCUUAUUACUCUCUUAAUAGUUUUGAUGAAGAAAAGAUUUUGCAAAAUUUAGGUACGCUGAGAAAUUGGCAAUUUACUCCACCUAAACUUCCCCCUCGCAGUCGAACUGAAUUAUUGAAUACAAGUUCUUCACCCAAUGGUAAUUUAGAUUCUACUUUAAUUGCACCUGAUAGCUUUGAUUUAAAUUUAGAAGCUGAUGUAACUCUGUUAGCAGAUGAGUUUCCAUCUGACAAUCUACAAAUAGAAGAACCUCUUGUUGAAUUGAAAGAAACCUCAUUCUGCCAACCACCAUUAGGAAGACUAUCUUAUGAACCACCUCCAGUUCCUCCAAAAGCAUCUGCUAGAGGGCCUCCACCACGUCCUCCUAGUCGCCAAUUAGUUCAUGGUAGUUUUGGUCUUACAUCAGAUGAUGAAGCAUCUGGUAAUAACUGAUAAUUUUAUUAAAGGUGAUAACUCAUUACAGAAGAAAAAUUGUUACCUUGAUUUAAACAGUGAAUUUAAUAUAUGAUGCUUUAUGAAAUAUUUUAUGCAUCACUCGCAAUUUCUUUGGCGUCAUAUUAAGUUCUCUGUACCUUAAUAUUUUUUCAGUCACAAAAAUCAAUUCUCUAAAGAUUGUAUGUUUGAUUGUGGUAUUGGAAUUCCUGGGAUCAUACAGUAAAAUUUUGUCGUUGCUCCAUUUAAAGGCAAGACAAAUGUUUUUGUUUAAUUUGCCUUAUCUUUUAUCAAACUAAACCUCUUCUUGCUUUAAUUCAUAUUCAUAAUAUAUUAUAAAAUAUUUUUUCUUCUUAUUGGUCAUUGAAUUAAAUAUAAAACUAAGAUAUCUUUCCCGAUUCAAUUAAAGAAUAUAAUUAAGUUAUAUCAUUUUAAGUUUUUGCUUUAUUUUCUCAGACUGAUUUUUUUAUGAACUGGACUAAAAGCUAUCUCAUGAUUUGAGAGCUUAAGAAAUAUUAAUCUAUACAGACAAAUUGCUUUUAAAAAUUUAGACAAUUUUUUUUUAAUGAUGGUAAAAUGUUUGAAUGAUAAGUAUGGGUAUCUGCUAGUAUUUAAAAAACUAUCUUAAUAGGUUUUAUUAGCAACACAAGAAUACUAUUCAUUGAGGGAUCAGUAAGACAAAAUGAUAUGUACUGGAAAAUGAAAGAUCUGGGAAUAAUGGAUCAAAUACUACUGUGUAUUAUAAAAAGCAAACAUACUUGUAAUAUAAACAGGGUUUUUCCCCUUUUUUAGGGGAUUUCCGCUUUUGUCUCCGGAAUUUCAGCCUUUUUAUCAAAAACUCCGAUUCUCUAUAAGUUUAAGUUUUUUUUAAAAUAAAUAUUCCGCUUUUUCU